GGGAUUUACAAAGUGCCACCACUGUAUAUUUUUGCAAUUUUUGCUUCUUUAGCUUUUGCAUGGCAAGAUUUUCUUUUUUUUUAUUUUUGAAUUGUUAUUUUCCAGGGGUGCCUUUGACUCCCUGUAGUUUUGGCACUGGCAGCGUUUAGUUAGUGCCCUGGAAGUGGCCGAUCGUCCGGCUAGCUGUCAUUUUUUGGGGGGGUUAUUUUUGGUCAUCUCUGGAUGAUUAAAGUGAAGUUCGUUGCCCUUUUCUGGGAGUCUCGGAAUUUGGAGCAGAGCGAAAGCAUCUAGAGCUUAUUCUUCAUCUUUUUUCAUCAUCACAAAGAUUGCCAUGGCUACCAGUACCACUGGCUCCACGCUGCUUCUGCCCCUCAGCAGAGCAGUACAGCUGCCCGUAGAUCAGGUUAACUUCGUAGCGUGCCAAGUCUUUGCCUUGCUUGCUGCUAUUUGGUUCCGCAUCUACCUACAUUCAAGCAAAACUAGUCCCUUAAUCCGACAUGUAGUCGCAACACUGCUGGGCCUGUACCUUGCACUUUUUUGCUUCGGAUGGUAUGCCUUACAUUUUAUUGUGCAAAGCGGAAUUGCAUAUUACAUAAUGAUCGCCGGAAGACUGGAAAACAUGCACAAAUUCUGCUUUGUGUUUGCAUUGGGAUACCUCACUUUGUGCCAAAUUGCAAGAGUCUAUAUUUUUGACUAUGGACAGUAUUCAGCUGAUUUCUCUGGGCCAAUGAUGAUUAUGACGCAGAAAAUAACAAGCUUGGCUUUUGAGAUUCGGGAUGGAAUAUUUUGUAAAGAAGAAGAGCUAACACCAUCUCAAAGGAGACUGGCCGUUAGACGCAUGCCAAGUCUACUGGAGUAUUUAAGUUACAACUGUAAUUUCAUGGGUAUCCUGGCAGGCCCACUAUGCUCAUAUAAAGACUAUAUUGCUUUCAUUGAAGGCAGAUCAUAUCAGCUGAAACAGUUUGAAGCCAACGGGAAAGAAGACCCAAAGCACGAACAAAAAGAACCUUGUCCAAACUCGGCUGUUAUUCAUAAAGUGAUAGUCUCUGCAGUCUCCUUAGCAUUUUACAUGACGGCCACGCGGAUAUUGCCAGUGGAAUACAACAUCGAUGAACAAUUUCAGGAAACAUCAUCGGUCCUCAACAGGAUCAUUUAUCUUUACUUGUCUUUAAUGGCUGCAAGACCAAAGUACUACUUUGCAUGGACGCUCGCUGAUGCUAUCAAUAAUGCUGCUGGGUUUGGAUUCCAAGGCUACGAUAAGAAUGGAGAAGAAAACUGGGAUUUAGUGUCAAAUCUAAAUAUAAAGCAAAUAGAGUUCUCAACAAGCUUUAAGAUGUUUAUCGAUAAUUGGAACAUACAGACGGCACUGUGGCUCAAGAGAGUAUGUUAUGAGCGUGCCACAUACAGUGCCACAGCGAAGACCUUCCUGCUGUCAGCUAUUUGGCAUGGAGUGUACCCAGGAUAUUACAUGACCUUUUUCACUGGCAGCCUGAUGACCCUGGCUGCAAGAAGGAUAAGAAACAAUGCCAGGCACCAUUUUCUGCACUCUUCUGAGCUCAUGUUUGUAUACGAUGUCAUUACCUGGAUUGCAACGCAAGUAGCCAUAAGUUAUACGGUGGCACCCUUUGUACUUUUGUCUGUAAAACCCUCCCUACAGUUUUAUAGCUUCUGGUACUACUGCCUGCACAUUGCCUGCAUAUUGGUGCUGCUCGCAAUGCCAGCUCGGGCAAGGAAAAAGGGUAGAGAAGAAGAGAAGGCACCCAUCUCUCAGCCAGUGGGCCACCAGAGAACAGAAGACAAUAUCUCAGAACAGAACAGCCAUUCCACCACAAACAACAACAGCAAUCAGAGGGAAGAGACAGCCUGGCGACGUCCCAGUGCUGCCCAAUGACAGGGGAAUAGCCUUUUGUAUGUUUUUUAAAUUCCAUUUUUUUAGAACCUCUAACUGGUUUGUAAUUGUGCACAGGACAUGAUGGUAUUAACAAUACAUUCUAUGUAAGGAUCCAAACGCAAAGGAAGAUCGUUAACCCCGCAAUGCCUCGCCACGUGGGCCUAGCCUUACACAUAAUAUUUCCAUUAUUUUAUAAUGGGCACUCAGGACUUGUAACAUGCGUCCCAAGGGCCAAGUUAUGUACGUGUUCCUUUGAUGAGCGUAUGUUGUCUAACGGCAUUGUAGGGGUUAAACGAUAACGUCACUGAAAUGUAGAUAACUAGAAAAAUCCUGUUCAGCCCUUUGCCUUAAUCCAUCCACGUACUGAAUGGAAUUACUAGGCGGUGCGCCCAUGUGUACAUUUUGUCAUUUCUACAAGCGCGUCGCCAACGAAGAUAGUGAUUUCCGCCUACUAAAUUUGUAAAUGAAAUUAGUAAAUAGAAAUAUACUUGAAGCAAAAAUAGUGGACAGCUGCACGGGUUAAAAACCGAACCAGUUCAUUUGGAAAGACCUUUUUGUACAAUAGCAAUAUGGAAUGCUAUCUGCUGCCAUUUCUAAGGGAAAAUAUAUUGCCCGGGGUUCUUGUUUAAUAGAAAUCAUGAUACAUUUUAAAGACUGGAAUUCUGCAUAAUGUGUCUCUCUCUGGUUGAUGUACUACAAUGCCAGUGUCCCUUGCCAGCCAGCAGAUGUAGUCCAACAAUGGCCGGGGAGCCAUACGUUUUGUUAACUGCAUGGUAUGUUGCAAGUGUCAGCUACAAGAAUAUUGUAUUACAGUAAGUAGCUGGUUUUGUUAGUGACCUAGGUAUUGUAUCCAGGCAUUGGUUUGCUAGCCCCAGAAAUGAGAGCUAUGUAUGGCGGCAGGAUUUCUAAUUCACAAUAUACAAAAAUUGGAGGCCAAAGGUUUAUGACUUCUUCAGCUUGCAUGGGAAUUGGGGUUGCAGCUCUGUAAGCUAUAGAAGUGCCGUUUCAUGGUACCCAGGAGAGUACCCUGUAUACAGUAUUUGGUAUACAAAGGGAGCUUAGGACAGAACUAGCUCAUACAGUUGGCUCAUACAACAGCAGCUUUGGAGUCUAGAAGGUUAUAAAGUUACUGCUUUACUUAUUAGUUCAUACAGAGUUAUCAAUAGGAAGAGUAAUAUCAUGGGUGAUUGAUACCCAGCUCGAAUAUAAGCCUUUACUGGUAAAGCAUUCCAGGGCAAAACAGACUUGACUAUCGCCAUUAUUUAUGUAACUUAAGGCUGCCCAGCAUAUUGCCUAACUUCUGAUGAUAGGCGCUAGAAAUGGAACUUCAAUAAGAACUGAAUGCACAGGUUGGGCUAUGCUGAUGGAAAGAGUGUAGCCAUGUUGCCCCAGUGUGCCGUCUAGCCUUGGCAUAACUGUUAUUCCUCCUACCUACUCUCAAACACUGCUCUUCAGGGUAUCUUGGACAACUGACUCUUUUUAGUCCUCCUAAAGACAGCUCUGGUGCUACCUUUUCUAAAGGAAUGGAGAUUAAAUGUUUAAGGACGGAGUCAUGUCUGGACUGGGAUUCAGAAUAGGCCCUGGCAUUUCAAGUCCACAGAGGCCCAAACAGCCCCCAGCAGCCCAAUAAAUAGUGACUGUCUAUGGCAUCUUACAGCAGCCCCUCUUUGCCAGAAUCCAUAGAUUUCUAGUCUGGGCCUGGACUGAGUGAGAGAGGUGAAGCUCCUUUUGUUAAAGGGGUGCAUUGUACAAGCCAAACAGUAUAUAUAGAUAUUUCCGAAGGUGACUGACCCAUAUGUAGGACAGUAGCUGAUUGUGCAUGCUGUCCUUCUUUCUUUACCUAAUGAGAUAAAGAAAUAAGGCUGGCAGGUUAAUGGUUUGUCCAGGGGCAGUAUAUAAGUUAGGUUUUGGAUCUGAUUUAUAGCCACCUAAGGAAGUGUACUUAUGAGGGCAAGGCAGUCAUUCCACUUGGCAGUUUAUGAUGAUUGGUUUAUGUAUUGGUGCCAGGCAAAAAAAAUAUUUUGGCAUUACUGGACAAAACCAUAUUUCUACAUAGAGCAGUUGUCACACAGCUGGUAUAAUAGAAGAAAAGGGAGUUUGCUGUAAAUUACAGCAUUAACAUUUGCCCCUAAAUGUCCUGUGUAAAUCCCCUGUUUAGAAAGUGGCACAAUGGGCAUUUAUGCAUUUAAAUACAGGUAUGGGACCUGUUAUCCAGAAUGCUUGGAAACUCUGGAUAAGGGAUCUUUCCAUAAUUUGGAUCUCUAUGCUUUGCUUUAAAUCUACUAAAAAAUAAAUUAAACAUUAAAUACACUUAAUAGGAUUGUUUUGCCUCCAAAAAGGAAUACUUAUAUCUUAGUUGGAAUCGAGUACAAGGUUCUGUUUUAUAAUUACAGAGAAAAAAUGAAUUAUUUGAUUAUAAUGGAGUCAAUGGAACAUGGCCUUCCUGCAAUUCUGAGCUUUCUGGGUAACUGGUUUCUGGAUAACGAAUCCUAUACCUGUACUAACACUAUUUUAAUAGGGUUUGUUGUUGGAUGGAAAGGUUUGGACAUAACUGCCUUAGUGGAGUUGACUACCCUUGUCAUCGUGGUUCAGGGAUCUUUAACCUCUGCCUCAGCAACUUUUGCUAAAUAACAACUCCCAACAUCCCCUUAUUUGCUGGGGGCUUUAGCCCAGUGGUUACUGCUAAUGCUAACACUAAGUUGCUUUAUUUUCACUGUACAUAAUAUCUGUAUUUUAAACCAGUUUCAACAUCUAUUAGCAUUUGCCGUUUAAUAAUUGCCCAGUCAAACGAUGCAUUAAUUAAAGAUUACAAUUAAAGCUAUUCAGGGGCCUAAGCUGAUGACUGUACAGGAAUAAAUAGGAAUAAUAGCUUGGGGCUGCCCCACGCAACCACCGCCUGCAGUUCUUGCAGUUAAAAGCUUCCACUUCAGUCAAAAAAAGGCACAUAAACAUGACACUGUGCAUUACACACAAGAGCCUGAUGGCUUUGUUUAAACCCAAGGCUGUGUCUCUCCAAACAAACCUCAAAUAACCCUGAAAAUAUUAACGUUGCCAUAUUUCCUGAAGGCAGAAAACCAAAGCAGACGCCAGGAUGAGCAUACAGCAGAAUAAAGGCGUUUGCUGGAGGGAAGAAGUGCGAUAACAUUGCGAUAAAGCAGAGCUGUAUUAGACUAUACCAUAAUCAAUAGUAAGAUAUCUGUUUUAUUUGUCUUAUAGGUAAGUAUAGACCCAUUCAAACCCAUACACUAGGCCUCAUAGUGUAACCACCAUUAUACUUCCAGUUUACAUUGUUGCUGCCCACCACUUCUCUUAAGCCCAGAACCUAGAACCUGUACAGAGGUGCAGGAACUCCCUACUUACAGUUUGAAGGAAGUUGUAAAUUAAGAAGUAUACUGCUGCUGGCUAUGCUACCGCUAAACAGAGCUGUCCCCCCAUACACACGCUGGGGGUCAUGCAGAGUAGAUGUAGGUAGGAACAAUAUGGCAACUAACAAAUGGGUUAGUGCACCUGUGCGACUUUGCCCACUGUUUGUAAAUGACCCUAGAAAUUACUGCUCGCACAGUAGAAACUUUUCCCCCCUUACCUGGCAAUAUAGCUGUAAUAUAGAGUAAGCCAAAGUUUACUUUCCCUUAGAUAUUUCAUUUAAGCAUAGAUCAGAACAUUUCAUUUAUUUUUAUGCAGCUCAAGCAUUUAAGUAUAUAGUAUUACCAAUGGUCUUCAGCGCAUUUUGGCCAUAUGGCCCAAGUGGGUGCUCUUCUUGUGUCCUGUUUUGUUGGGCUGGUGUAUUCGUUUUUGCCUUUAUGUUUCUGAUAGCACCCAAGACUUUACUCUGAACACUGAAAUAAAACUUUUGGGUAUGGAGGGAAGGACUGACGUCACAUCCAGUCAAAUGAAUCCGUCCAGAUUAAAUUUUCUUUUAUUAAGGGAAUAAAUGUCUGUCUGUCUGUAAGAUUUAUGUAGAGUACGUUGUGUGGAGCAAAACUGAUUUAAGUGCAGGACUGUUACCUUUUUAAGAGGUGACUGCGAUAUAGGGCAACCCACCACUUGGUGUCUCUUUUCCACUGCGGGCAACAGCAAGAUCACUAGAACUUCUAAAUGAUUAGUUUGCCUUUAAAUCCUUGGCCUUGUUCCAUGAUCAGAGUUACUAUAUGCUGUGGUCUUAUUAGAAGAUUAUAGGAGAUAUUAAAUGGGUUGUGAUGGAGCAACAUUUGCUUGGUCUGCUGACCAGAUGAGCCAGUCUUGUGAUUCCUUUCUGAUAAUUUUCCAGAAGCAGCUUCUGCUUUUUGACUGGCCCAAAGCCAGGGGCACACACAAUCACGCUCCUUAAUGCACAGCAAGUAAAUAUUUUGCCACAUUGAAGGAGAUAUGUUCAGAUAUAACAGUUUUAAUUACAAUUUACAAAUGAUCAGCAAUGCAGUAAGGUGUGGGAAGGUAAAGAGUGUAAUAUGUGGAUUUUAGGUUCAGACUAGAAGCCAUAAUUCACAGAAGCUCCUAAAAGGAAGGUUUGUGUUAGGGGAAUGACUUUUCUUUCCAAUGGAGAAUGGGUUUUUGGUUUCCACAUAGCAAAAUAAUAGAUAGUUAGUUCAGGGGCAGAAGCAGUCUUAGGUGCAAAAUGUGUGCAAAUAUGCAUGGAAACGCCAUACCUAGAAGGAGCAAUGCACCCAUUACUGUGAGUCUUACACUAGGUGCAGCACCCUAAGGCACAGUGGAGCCUUAUACCUGGUACUGCCCAGGUGUUCCAUACAGUACAGGGCUCCCUUGCUCCACUCAUAGGGCCCCUGUAAUGGUGCAGAUGCAACUUGCACUAGCAAAACUUGUAUAUGAUAUUGCACAGAAUUUAAGGCAACGUUCAAUGGGCACAAUUAUGUUGGGAAUCUGGGGGAAAAAAAACAAAUGAGAUUGUACUGUGUUCCCAUUAAAGCCAACAAGAAAUGCUAAAACGUGCCCUUCAGUGUAAGGGCUUAUUGCCUUAAGCAUUAAUGUGCCCUUUACUAUUCAGUUUUAAUUACAAGAUUACAAGAUUAAAAUAGCCAUUGGGACACACUAUACCUCUCAUUGUGACUUUGUGCAUGUUAUUAUGACUGUUUGGUUGUGUGUGUGGGGUGGGGGUAAUUACUCUUGUACGUUAUGGUUAAAGCAUAACACAAAUGGGUCUUGGCUCAAAAGAUUGAGACAUUUAUAUCUUACAUUUUCCCCACCAUUGUUAUUGUAGAGCAGCGAGAACAAAUAGAUGUAGGCCACAAAUACAGUAUAACUGAGACACAAGACCUCUGAACGGCAAGUGGGCAGAUCUUUCUACACUGGAUGCAAAAUCACAUCGCCCAUUGUUAAUCUGAACCUUUUGAGCCACGUGUGCUUCUUAGAUUUUGUCAUAGGCACAUUCAAUGCAAACAAAAAGUUGUUCUUGGGCAACUGGGACCAGGCUUUUUUAUUUCAUAAACCUUAUAUAUAGAAAGUUUUCUGCAGCUUUGACAUCCAGUAUAUGUAGAUUUGUACAACAUUGAAAUGUUGUCAGGAUACCAAACAUACACUCACACUGCUCAACCCACCAGCUGGACCUCUCUCUUCAUAUUACCUGAAAUGGUCAUUGGUGCCAUGGAGUUUCAGCCCACAAUAUUGAUAUCCUACGGUUCUUUUAGAUGCAGAAGUAGGAAUGCAGCCCAAGACCACUGACAUAUAAGUAUUGAUGGUAUUUCCUAGAGUGAAACAGUCUAAAGAACUGAACUACAAGUAUAUGAAGUCUGUGUUCAAUCAGGGGUAUAAUGAAAACCUGGAUUCAUACUGGUCCUGGAGAGUAAAUUAAGGAACACAUCUCUACAAUUGAAAGACAAAUCAAGUUUAUUCCAUUACUGUUUAGAAUUAGAUCUUUGGUUCUUUAUUGACUGGGACCCAAAUCAAGUGUACAGCGGAAGGUGCCUUGACUAACAUUCCAACAUGAAUAAUUCAUUGGGAAGAGACAGGGAUUGUGUAUUUAACAUCACACCUUCAAGCUGCAAAAGGAUGGAGUAAGAAUGAACAGAUCAGCAGUCACAAAUCCUUUUGGAGAGAAUCUUUCCUUCGUGUUUGUGCAAUAAAUAUCGGCAGCCAUUACCAAUAGAUGGAGGACACUUUAUCUAGACCUUCAGUUUCAAUAGCUCACCAACUCAAUCCACCUAAAGGAGAAGGAAACUUAUAAUCAGUGGGGGGGUGCCAAAUGUUAGGCACCUCCUCCAGUUCCCGUGAUUAUAUUUAUUUAACGGAUACCCUGGGCCUGUACUCCUGUUAGCAGAUAAUGGCCUGGGGCCUGGGUAUUCCUGGAGAAGCACCAUGGAGUGCUGUAUAUUGUCCAAAAUGGGCUCUCAGUGGUAAGGUUGCCUUACAUUUAAGGGGUUUCAAUUUAAAGGGGUUGUUCACCUUUAAUUUAAAUUUUAGUAUGAUGUACAGAGUGCUAUUCUGUGACAAUUUGCAAUUGGUCUUCAUUUUUGGUUUUUUUUAAACGAUUGUGCUUUUUGUUCAGCAGCUUUCCCGUUCAGAAUUUCAGCAGCUAGGAUCCAGUUUAACAUAGCAACCUGGCAGUGGUUUGAAAGGGACACAAGAAUAUGAAUAGAGGAGGGCCUAAAUAGAAAGAUACUGUAAGUUCAGGUAUAGGACCCAUUAUCCAGAAUGCUCGGGACCAAGGGUAUUCCGGAUAAGGGGUCUUUCCGUAAUUUGGAUCUCCAUAGCUUAAGUCUACUUGAAAAAACAAUAAAGUAAUAAUUAAACCCAAUAGGAUUGUUUUGCCUCCAAUAAGGGUUAAUUAUAUCUUAGAUGGCAUCAAAUACAAUGUUUUGUUUUAUUAUUACAGAAAUAAAGAAAAAUCAAUUUUAAAAAUCUGAAUUAUUUCAUUAAAAUGGAGUCUAUGGGAUACAGGCUUUCUGUAAUUUGGAGCUUUCUGGAUAUUGGGUUUCCAGAUAACGGAUCCCAUACCUGUAAUACAAAGUAACAAUUACAAUAAUAUUGUUGCCUCACAGAGGAGUUGUUUUUUUUGGCUGCUGGGGUCACUGACCUCCAUUUGAAACCUGGAAAGAAUCAGAGGAACGCAAAUAAUUAAAAAAAA